UUCUGAACUAGCUCAACCAGCUACCGCCCCAACUCCCUGACUUCCAGGCUCCGUGGUCUCCCCUCCCACCCCAGGCCUUACCCAGAGUGGGAGGGGAGCAUCUGGAGAGGGGGGCAUCCCCCCAAUCAUCCUGCCCCUUGUCAGUUCGAUGGAGUGGCCUAUACCUCAGAUGAUCUGGGUGGGAUUCCUCCUCAGCUUCCUGGGUUCCUGGGCCCAGGCCUUUCUGAUCCAUAACCCUGGGCUGGAUGCAUGUCUGCAGGUGGACCCCCAAGGUGGGGAGCAGAUCUCACUGGUCACUUGCCACCCUGAUGCUGGCCCCCAGCAAUGGGGCUGGGACCCAGUCAGCCGAGCCCUUUUCAGCCUGCAUGUCCCUGGGUGUCUUGCCAUAGGUGAGGCCCGGGAGUUUGCUGUGGCCCAACUGAGCCACUGUGGGAACCACCUCCACCAGACCUGGGGUUGCUCCCGUAAGGGCCAUUUGAGCCUGCAGGGCCUCGGUCUCCACCUCCAUGGACAGCUGAAUGCCCAGGAAAUCUUUGUUCUUCGUCGGAAGGACAAGUUCAGCCGUUGGAAGGCAGUGCCUGGAAUGGCCAAUGUCUGCUCUGAGACCCUUGGGCCAGGGGGUAGGGAAAAGAGUCCUGAGAAGGAGCCGAUCAUGCACAGAGGUGAGAGCUAUGCUGAAACCACUGCUUUUCUGGAGCGUAAUGAGGAGGAGUUGUCUUCAUGGGACUCUGUACAAACAGCAAAUGUCACUCCCUCUAGCUACCUCAGCCACACAGCUUCCCCAACAGGGGUGGAGGGACCCCAGAUGGCAGAAAGAGGGGCAAACUGGAAGACGGUGAUGAUGGUUCUGGGCCCACUGACCGUUGUUCUGGGAGUCACCAUCCUCAUCCUCAAUAUCUGUUAUAACAGGAAAAGGAAAAAGAAGACACUGUCAGCCCUAGAGAACUGCUCCCAGAAUGGUCCAAAGGCCACAUUACUCCCUAAGGGGGAGCUAUCCCUAGGCCAGGGAGGCCCAGGAACUCCCAAUUUACCCAUCUCCCUUUGCCCAUCUCUACAGCAUGGGGAAAUACUCAUCGAAUGGAAGGAUGGCAGCAUCACCCCCCUCUUUGACAGUCCUGGCCAUCUGAAUGAUUAGUCCAACCAACAUCAAGGGCCUGCUUUGUGCCCAGUCCUGUCCUGGACUCUGCAAUGAGGGAGGGAGAGAGAAGGGACGGGCCCUGGUGCUUAUGAGAUCUGUGCCUUCACCUUAGACCUUCGUCCUCCUGGGAGAUUGAGAAAUCAUGGACUACAGAGUUUAUUAGACCUGUGCCCUCCCUCUGGAAAUUACUUUGUAUAUAUAUUUUGUAAUUAAUUUUUUUUAUGUACACAUAAUUUUCUCUGAAAGAAUGUAAGUUCUAUGGGGACAGAGACUCUUUCUUUUGUUAAAAUAUUCUCAUUUUUAUUGAAACCUCUUUGUACUUUAUUUGCAAAUAUAUUACUCCUUGCUUCCCUGCCUAGAAAACUGUUCCUUGUAACUAAGAUCUUAAGAUGGGAGAAAAAAAGCAGUUCAGCUUAACUAGCCAACACAGCUACUAUAUCUAGGAGUAUAUACAAUAUUCUACAUUCCAAUUCCUCUACCUCAGGGAAAGCCUUAUUCCUUUUUUUUCCCCUUUGUGUCCUCAGCUCCUAAAACGAUACCUGUCACAUCAGCUGUUUAGCUUAAUAAAUUCUUGUUGAAAUGGAUUCUAAAUCAGCUGACCUCCUACAAGACUCAUUUGUGACAUACUUCAUGACCAAUCAAUGCAGGACACAUGUACCUCGGCAGUAGAGAGAACACUGAGCUUGGAGUCAGCAAGUCCUGGGUUUAAGUUCCACAUCAGACACUUAUUAGCUAUGACCUCGAUGUGACUGGUUUCUUAUGGACUCUAUAGCUUCUAAGGUCCCUUCUAUAUAUCUUAGGUAUCUGAUUAAAGUACUAAACUAUCCUUUGUUUAUGAAGCUGAUGCCAGGGCCUUAGGAUGGGAGAUGUGUCUGGGAACUCUGUGGCUACUCAGAGUAAAGCUGUGGUUCUAAGGACCUGCUGUUAAAGACUUCAUUUUUCUGAGUCUCACUGUCCUUAUCUAUAAAACAAAACAGCUGGGCUAAGUGAUUGAUAAGUUCUCUUCCACUUCUAAGGUUCUGGGAUAGCUCUCCCUCAGAAAGGUGGAAAUUAUAUUGUGCAAAACAUUUUGGGAGAGAUGGGGAAGGGGGGAGGAGAGAUAGCAUCUUGGGUCUGUCCCGAAUGGCUCCUUAGGUCCCUUCCCUAACCUGGAAGGAAAAUGGGACACUCAACAGUUCCCUCUUUUGGCUCAAAGGAGGGCCCCCAACAUUCAUCUAAAACAAUGCCAUGAUCACUGGACUGGAUUCUUGGAGCACUGUGCCUUCACUCCAGAAGCAUUUUCCUUGCCUAGGACAUCUGAGCAUGGGUUGCUUUCAUUCACUACAAGGAAGGAAGGAAGGUGCCAAGUUUCUCCUACUUUGAAUAAAGACAAAAAACACACCAU